AUGUCAAUAGUGAAAAGACACUUAUCUAAUGGUAGAAUGAAAUCCGAUGCCGACUUAUUUAAAUAAGCAGUAGAAGAGGUAGAGAGAAAAAGACCUGGAUCAGGACAACCUAUGUCAACAGUCAAAUCGCCUUUACCUCCGAGAAAGCCACUUUUUUCUGGUACUUAAAAAUAAAGAUUGAUAAUCAAUGCGAAUAAUAUUGAGCAAUAAAAUCAAGAAUAGAAGCUAGUUAAAACUAGUCAGCAUUCAUCCAAAGCAUCGUUAAACCUCACAUAGAAUUAAUAAUCAUUGCAACAAAUUAAAAGUCCUCAAAAGUAAACUAAACCUCCUAUUCACAUUGAUAAAAAGAUCAUAAUAGCAAGAUAAGAGUAAUUUGGAAGUUCUGGGAGACCUACAAUAAGUGGAGAGAUAUAAUCAAGAAAUAGCAGUAAAUAAAAAGUAUCGAGUGCAGGAACGAACACUAAAUAAUUUAUUUGGGCUGAUGCUAUUGAAUAACCAUAACAGUCAAGGGACUCAUCUUUAAAUAAAAGAAGGGUAUUGUCGAGAGAGAAAUUAAAAGCACUUCCAGGAUAGUAUUAAACUCAUUAACACUAAUAAAUCACUUAAUCUUGUCGACCAGAGCAAGCUUAGUGUCAUGAAUUUGAUUAGAAAUUGACUAAAUCAGUUGAAAAUAAGCAACCAUUAUGUUAUACUGAUUUUAGUAUGACUUCAGGAAGGAAUGAUUUAGCAAAAGCCUUUGCUUCUAUUCAAAUGGAAAUCAAAUAAGCCUCAUAAGAAGCUAAACAAAACUCAGUAAAUUCAUACAUGAAUGGUAAUAAUUCAAUAUAUGAGUGUAUAGCCAUACCAGAAUAAGAGGAUGAUGGAUGCUCGUCAUUGGCAUAGAGUACUCUCUAUUAAUUUUGA